AUGCUCCGCCGCAAACCCACCGCGAUAACAGUCACAAUUGAAGAUAUCGCCGCAUUCGAAGAGUCCCGACUCCGCAAACAAGAGGAACAAAGCCGACAGGCCCAUCCCGAGCAAGGCAAAAGCGGCGCCAACGCCAACACAGGCUUCGAUCCUAGCGAUGAGUUGAAGCCGCUUCCUGGCGAUAAAGCGAGGAUAGUCCGAUCGCGCGAGGAACGGAUUGGUCUUGGAAGACAGGCGUAG